AAUUUCUAUAGGAACAUAGUUUUACUUUCAUCAUAAAAAUUCACGGGCCACAAUUUAUCACUUCGACUAGCGUGCGCGUUUGACCUGAAUUUCUUUCUUCUAAUUUUAAUUUAACCACAACUCAUAACUAUCGCAAUCAACUCUGCUCUUCUUUGUUAAAAAGUUUUUGAUUGUUGAAAGUAUACAACAAAAUAUUUUCUAAACAAAUCAUCUUCGAAAUAAAACGAAAUGUCCGAUACGCCACGCGAACGUAAUUCUACUUCGAAGACGAACCUAAUUGAAGUGCAACACGUUGGUGUCACAGCUAAGUUGCAGUCGCCGCUGAAGAAUUUGCUGCAAUCUUCGCUCUCGUCAACAGAAACAGAAAAUGGCCAACUGCUCUUUCACGAUCGCCAUGGUCAUAAGAUGAAGUACAAUAAAUUUUCUAAUGACUCUCAAGCUGAAACAGAAACGGGUGCAGAAAAUCCAGCUAAAUUGCUGUAUGAGAUGCGCGCCGUACGUGAAGCGUCCACACGUCAUCCGGGCAAACGUAAUCCAACGCCUUCCAAAAUCGAAUUUCAACUUUAUAAAACACCAACAAGACGUGUACGCCGUUCGAAAAGCACACCUGCAUCGACUGCGAAAUGCAGUCACAAAAAGAGUAAGCGCAAGCUUUUCGCUGAUCAGAAUAGUGCGAGCAAAAAUGCCGACACAUAUUGCCCCUGUCAUCAUGCACCACGUGGCGGCAAUAGUGAUAAUACAAUUUUUCAACGUUUACGACAUUCACUGGAAAAUAUGCGUGCAGCACGUGCGCAUAUAUCGAAACCAAAAGCACCUAAAUGUAAUGAUAUUUUUGAUGAAUUACCCGCGCAAUUCGCUCAAGCACAACAGCAAGCAGAGGACAACAGAGAGUUGCCACAAAGGGAGAAAACACCGCCACCCAUACGUGAGACGCGCAUCGGCAUCUAUCCUUUCGAGCAUGGUUGUGCGGAUUAUUUGCGCACAACCGAUUGUCAGCCCCAGCUGUUGUCCGUAGUAUUGGCUGAGCGCGCCACCUACUAUGCGACACGUUUCUGGGCCGAGUUCUUUGGCAGUUUACAUAUUGGCGUUACCUUCUUUGUGACUUUUCUGCUGCAGGCAUAUCGCUUUGUGCUCUUCUCACUUGUAAAUACGCUUGUGGUGGGCUUUCUGCACAUGACUUCCGAUUAUUUAAUUAAACCGAUAUUGACGGUGUUCUUCAAUGGUUUCCUACAACCACCACUCAUUUUGAUUUAUAAUAUUUUGACCUCCAUUCGUGAUAUUUUGGAGCCUAUUGCUGAGACUAUUAAUAAUUUCGUACGCCCAGUGGCGACUGUGGGUCGGAGCUUGCGUCUGGUGCAUGUCGAUGUUAAUAAAAGGAAACUAAUUAAGGAGGUUUGAUAUGGAGCGUGAGUUUUGUUGUAUUAUUAAAUGUACUACUCUUGACUGUUGUGAUGCCAUUUGAAGUUUGGUAAAAUAAAUUAUUUAUUUUUUAGUUAUUCUUAUAAAAA